AAGUCUAAAGGUAAACCAAAUCUCAUAUCUCCCUCCUCAACCCAUCUCCCAAACUCUCCUUAGAAUUUGGUUGGUGACACUGUGGUUGUUAAGGUAGUUUCAUAAGAUGGACAAGAUACAAACAUUGACAUCAGAGAACGGAAUUGUCGUUUUUAGCAAGAGCACGUGUUGCUUAUGCUACGCUGUGACCAUUUUGUUCCAAGAACUUGGGGUCGAGCCGUUGGUACAUGAGCUGGAUCAUGAUCCGAAUGGUUGGGAGAUUGAGAAGGCCCUUGUGAACCUGGGCUGCAACUCCCCCCCUGUGCCAGCAGUGUUCAUAGGGGGUAACCUUGUGGGGUCUACCAACGAGGUGAUGUCACUCCACCUCCGUGGUGCUCUCAUUCCGCUCCUCAGGCCAUAUCAGACACUCGCGUAGAAUGUCUACUCGCAAAAUCGAAGAAAUAAGUUUGGCUCAAGACCAUGACUAAUUUGCAUAGUUUUUAUUAGUGGAAGUUAUUAAUUAGAUUUUAAAUUUAGGAUAAUGUCAUUAGUGGCUUUUAGGUUAAGACUUUAGCUGUUUUAAUCUGUUUCACAAGUGUGUAAUGAUUACAUGUGUAUCCUUCCUUCAUAUGAAUCUGAUUCUUAUUUACAUUA